CUAGUACAAAACAAGAACGAAUACUUUAAGAAUACUCAAAAACUCGGUGCUUGUUUACUUAAAAGCUUUUCUACUUUGUAAUAAAAAAAAUUUAUUAACUUUCCAAAAGAAUGUCUCAAAAAGGAGCAUCUCACGCUGCUUCUGAGACAGAACCAUUCACCAGAACAACAUCGCCUGUAUCUUCAGGAACUUCUCAGCCUCCUAUAAAGCAUAAUGUGGUAGGUGUAUGUGCUAUGGAUGCUAAGGCGCGGUCGAAGCCAUGCCGUAAUAUUUUGAAUCGAAUUAUCGCAGAAGGCGAGUUUGAGGCUAUUGUUUUCGGAGACAACAUGAUUUUGGACGAAGAAGUAGAGAAUUGGCCUGCUUGUGACUAUUUAAUUUGUUUCUAUUCAAACGGAUUUCCUCUUGAAAAAGCAGAACGAUACGUUGAUUUGAGAAAACCGUUUUGUGUGAACGAUGUUGUAUUUCAAGAAUUGCUAUGGGAUAGGCGUCUAGUUUUGAAAAUUUUAGACUCAAUCAGCGUUUCAACUCCUCGAAGAUUGAUUUGUAAUCGAGAUGGCGGUCCAAAUUUGAAUAAGCCAUUGGCGGAAAAAUUGAAACGAAAGUUUGGUUUCCAUUUGAGAAAGGAACCCUUACCAAAGGUUGAAAUGCUGGAUGACGAUACACUCUGUGUGGACGGUCAAAUACUAAGAAAGCCAUUUGUGGAGAAGCCUACAUAUGGUGAAGAUCAUAAUAUUUAUAUCUACUUUCCCAAAUCUGCAGGUGGUGGUGGCCGGAAAUUAUUUCGUAAAAUUGCAAACAAGUCCUCUGAUUACGAUCCUGAACUUUGCUACCCUCGUACAGACGGAUCAUAUAUUUAUGAACAAUUUAUGAAUGUCGAUAACGCAGAGGAUGUUAAAAUAUACACUGUUGGCUCUCAUUAUAGUCAUGCUGAAACAAGGAAGUCACCCGUUGUAGAUGGCAUUGUGAGACGCAAUCCCCAUGGAAAAGAAAUACGGUUCAUUACCAAUUUAUCCGAUGAGGAAAAAGUUAUGGCUUCAAAGAUAUCUAUUGCUUUCGAACAGCCAGUUUGUGGUUUCGACUUGCUAAGAGUAUCCGGAAAAUCCUAUGUGAUUGAUGUAAAUGGCUGGUCAUUUGUAAAAGAUAAUAAUGAUUAUUAUGAUAACGCCGCCCGUAUUCUAAAACAGAUGUUUCAUGUUGCUGAACGCCAUAGAAGAAACCGUGUUCCCUCAGUUCAAGAAGUACUUAAUCCCCCUCCCAGGGAAAGUGAAGCUUGGAGACUUAAGAGUCUGGUUGUAGUACUUCGUCAUGCCGACCGCACUCCGAAGCAAAAAUUUAAAUUUUCAUUCACGUCUGAGCCUUUUGCUAAGCUGCUUCAAGGUCACAAGGAAGAAGUUAUAUUGCGCCACGAACAGUUAAAUAGCGUUCUGGCCGCUACGAAUAUAGCAUCAGAGCUGAAAUGUGAAGAUUUAAAUAAACUGAAGCAGCUUAGACUUGCUUUAGAAACCAAAAAAAAUUUACCUGGCACAAAAGUUCAGCUCAAACCAGCAUACUCUUCAGAAGGAAAGCUCACAAAACUACAGCUUAUCAUUAAAUGGGGUGGUGAAUUUACCCAUUCUGCACGAUACCAAUCUAAGGAUCUUGGUGAACAAUUUCGUAAAGAUUUGUAUAUUAUGAACCGUGAAUGUUUAAAAGAUGUUGAAAUUUUCACUUCAUCCGAACGACGUGUUUCAACUUCUGCUGAAAUUUUUGCAAUGGCCUUUUUAGAGCAAGAAACCAUAGCAAAUGACUUGCUUAAAAUCAGAAAAGAUCUUUUGGACGACUCAAAUGCUGCUAAAGAUACAAUGGAUAAGGUCAAGAAACAUUUGAAGUCUUUAUUAAGGGUGAGUGAUACGGCAAGGAAAGAGUUUACAUGGCCAGAAAACAUGCCUAAACCUUGUGAAGUUAUGCAACAGGUAGUUCAGUUAAUGAAGUAUCACCGAGCCAUUUUGCGUGAGAAUUUUAUCAUAUUGGGACCUGGGGUUGAGCAAGUACAGUCUCGCUGGUGCUGCAGUGAAAACCCUGCCUUGUUUAGGGAGCGAUGGGAAAAGCUUUUUAAUGAAUUUUGCGAUUCUGAGAAAGCGGACCCAUCUAAGGUGUCCGAACUCUAUGAUACCCUUAAAUAUGACGCCUUACACAAUCGCCAAUUUUUGGAAAGAAUAUUUACUCCGUAUCAAUAUUUAAGACUACCUCAAGAUCCUAGUUUAAUUCCCAGAGAUUCUUCUAGUUCUUCAAAUGACUCCAACAACAAUGAGAUUUCAAAUAUGAAAAAAUCUGCAAGAAAGACGGAAAGACCCUUAGAGAAGCUAUAUGAAUUAUAUGAUCUUGCUAAGGUUUUGUUUGACUUCGUUUCUCCUCAGGAGUAUGGUAUAGAACAGGAAGAAAAGCUUGAAAUUGGAUUACUGACAAGUGUACCCCUUUUACGACAAGUCCUCGAUGACAUCAAAUUAGCGAGAGACUCAGACCACGCAUCCACAAGGAUGUACUUUACCAAAGAAUCGCAUAUAUAUACAUUAUUAAAUUGUAUCCUUGAGUCUGGGUUACCUAUGAAGAUGCCCCGAAACCAGAUUCCAGAAUUGGACUAUCUUACACAAAUCUGCUUUGAACUGUUUGAGCGUACCAAUCCCUCCGGAAACAAAGAGUUUUCAGUAAGAAUUACGCUUUCUCCAGGAUGUUAUGCUCAAUGUCCUUUGGAUAUGAAAUUGGACGCCAAACAUUGCAUUAGCGUCGCCCCAAGGCGAUCCUUGACGAGGCACUUGGAUCUUCAUUAUUUCGUGAAAAGCAUUGAAGAUCGUUGUAACUCUGUGCAUCUACCCAAACGUUUCAUUCCCGUAAACAUAAAUUAAGCCUAAAAACACUGCCGUAAAAAUUAAACGAGCAUGAGGUUUGGGCUCUUCGUUAAUAAAUCCUUAAUUUCUGGGUCCUUCAAUUUGUUUUGAUAUGAUUUAUGCUUAAUGAACUUCGUUAGCUUUCGUUAAUCGAGAUACCGUUGAGAAUCCAUCUUUGGCUAUCUCACGGUAAAAGAAGACCGGGGAGAAAAAGAGGGCAGCGAUCGGACGGCCUUAACCAACAUCCUGUGUCUGUGUUUUUUUC